AUGACCCGGAUUAUCCGGCCCCGCAAUUCCCAUGGCCGCCCUCCGCCCGCUGCAGCUGCCGCAGCCGCAGCCGCCGCCUCAGCCGCCGCCGCAGCUGCCGCCGCAGCCGCCGCUACCGGUGCCGCGGGGAACGCUGCAGGUACUAGCGGCAUAGGCGUCGUCAGGGGGUCUGCCGUCGCCGGAACGUCGUCGCACACAGGGGGUCACCCUGAGCCGUCGCAGGCGGUUGGCGAAUUAGUUUUCCCGGUCGCAGGCGGGCCGCCGACCAACUCGGCGACACUAUCACAGGGAUUGGUUCGAGUUGCGGAUUCGCGCGAUUUAGACAGUCGCACGACAGCAGUCCGAGAGGGAGGAGAUGUCGCAGGGGGCCGGGUUGCCAGCUCGUCGUCGUCCUUGUCGCAGGCACAGUCGCAGCCGCAGUCGCAUGACCACUCACACUCGCGAACCGGUGCUGCCGCGGAGUCGGGGCGAGGGAAGCAAGAAGCAGCGGUAGAUGAUAAAGUCGAUGGCGAACAAGGAGCAAGCGGCGGGAGAGGGAAAGCGGCGGAUAGAGGAGUGGUCGAAACGGAAACGGCGAUUGGCGUGAGUGCGCGGCGGGAGCGCAGUGGUGCGGUUGGGGUGACGGGGGGUAGUAGAAAAUGGAGAGAGGGGAAGGGGGAGGAGGAGGGAGAGGGAAGAAAGGAGGUGGGAGGAGAGGGAGAGGAGAGAGUGGAGGGAGAGAAGGGGAAGGAGAAAAAGGAAGGACACGAGCUGUCUCAUGCAGGGCGGGAGGAUGCUGUCUGGUCUGGGAACUAUGGAGCAGCAAACGCUGACGUGGAGGUGGGAGUUUCCCACGUGUCAGACGAUUCUGACGUGGCGGCAGCCACAAGUGGGGGGGGCAGUGCUGGUGCGAGCGGCGGUGAAGCAGCAGACGUGGCAGCAGCAGCAGCAGCAGCAGCAGCAGCAGCAGCAGCAGCAGCAGCAGCAGCUACAGCAUGUGGUGAUGUGAUAUCAGCGAUCUCUUCCCCCUCCCCAUCCUCGUUACUAGCACCAUCAUCAGCAUCACCCACGGCAGCAGAAGCAGCAGCAGCAGCAGCAGUGUCGUCCCCUCCGCGUGCCAUGUCCCCCAGCAGCCCUCGGUCGGAGGGCAGUGAGGAGAGGGGGUACAACACUCCUACGUUCAACCCCCACACUCCUCCAUCUCUCUUUCUCUCGCUCUUUCUGCCGCAAAUUCUUUCUACUCUUGGAGACAAAGAGUCGCUUCCACCACACAGCAAGCACCAGCAGCAACAUCACCAGCGGGUGCAGACUCAGCAGUGUGGAGACAGGGGCGGGGAAGGGGCCGGCGGGGAGGCAGAGGAGGCGGAGGAGGAGCGGGCGUUUGAGGCGCGGGUGUGGCGGGAGUGCCACCUGCGCGUGCACCGCAUGGCAGCGGACGGCAACUGCUUGUUCCGCGCCGUGGCCCACCAGGUGCUGGGGGAUGCUGCCUUCCAUCGCGACCUCCGCCACCUGUGCCUUGACUACAUGGAGAAGGAGCGGGACCAUUUCAGCCAGUUCGUGACAGAGAGCUUCAGCGCCUACUGCAAACGGAAGAGGCGCGAUAAGGUGCAUGGUAACAACCUCGAGCUGCAAGCUCUAGCGGAGCUCUUCAACCGCCCCAUCCACAUCUUCUGCUACUCCACAGAGCCAAUCAACAUCUUCCAGACAGCGUACGACUCGUCGCUGCCGCCCAUCCGUUUGUCAUACCACCGGCGCCGCCACUACAACUCGCUCGUCGACCCCUCUCAGCCCAACACCGGCGUGGGGCUGGGGCUCAGCGCGCUGCAGGGCGGGCAGGUGCAGCCAUCUGCAGUGAAGCAGGCGAUGCAGGAGCAGCAGGAUGCAGUGGUGGAGCAGGCACUGGUGUGCGAGGCACAGGCGUGCUCCGACCGCCAGCUCACAGAAGAGGCUCUCGAGCUCGCUGUUAUGGAGGCCAGCUAUAGGGAGUACGUGCAACGGCAGCAGCAGCAGCAGCAGCAGCAGCAGAGGGGCGUUGCUGUAUACUCACCAGGUUACGUUCGGCCGCUUCGCCCAGUUCCAUUCCAUCCUCCACCUGCCCCCAGUGCUCUGACUGCUCCUGCUGCCCGCACGUUCAUCCUUUCUUCUUCCUCUGAACUGCAAUUCCCAUCAUCAUCGUCGUCCUCCUCCUCCUCCCUCCGACCUUCUGCUGCUGCUGCCUGCGCCGUGGCGCAGGCUGUCAGCUUAUUUGGCGAGGACCUGGACUCGUGUCUGUGCUUUCUGCUGCAAAUCGGGGCUGAGACGCAUGCCACUGGGAGGCAGGCUGGUGGGCUUGAUCGCAAGGGGAAAGCUGCACAAUAG